AUGUGUUCGCGACGAUGGGCAGCGAUAAAAUUCGUCGACGACCGAGUCAGGUGAGAUUUUUUUGGAAGGUUCCAGAAGAACAUCGUGUAUUUCAAAAAAAAUUGAGCAAAAAAAAAAUUUUUUAAGCUUUUUGAAGUCAAAAAUUGAGCAAAAAUCGCUCCAGAAAAAAAUUUUUCUAAUGAAUUUUUGCCAUUUUUAAUUUAUUCAAAAGCAAUUUUCCAAGAUAUCCAGUUAAAAUGUAGAUUAGUCCUGGAAAAGGUGAGAAAAGGGGUAAAAAUGCAAAUUCCAAAUAAUUGCCUUUUUUCACGGCUCCAUCCCGAAAAAGGCCUCAAAUUUCAGUCGCCUCAAAUUUUCGAACCAACUAUCUUCUCAAUGAAAAUGGAGUACUGAAAAGGCUUCCCGAAACGAAAAAAAGAAGGUUUUUUUGGUCAAAGAAAAACAAAUUAUUUUCUCUAUGUGUGUAAAUUUUUUUCGAGGAACAAGAAUCACGAAAUUUGGUUUGAAUGGGGAAAUUCUGGGAUUUCAGAAUCGGAAAUUUAAAGAUAAAUGAAAGAAAAAAAGUGGAAAAAAAGUGUGAAAAAAAUGAAGAUCGUAAUGGGAAAAUCUCUCUUAAAAAUUUUUUUACUUUUAAAAAAAUAAUUUUUCUCGCUCUGCCGAUGAAAAAUUCGACCAGAAAUUGAAAUGGCUAAAAAAAUCAAACUUUUUUUGAUUCUUAAGCUCAAAAAGUAGAAAGUCUUAAUUUGACAAGGUAUAGCAAAUUUUUUUGUCGUGUUUUUCAACAAGAAAAAAUCAUCUAUGUAUUAAAAUGACAAUUCCGAUUCAACAAAAAUGAUGAAAAUGAAGCUGCGGAGAAAAUCCUGGUCAAAAAACUUGUAAAUUGAUUUAUUAAAGGCGAACUAUACUUUAUCUCCCCCUAAGAGUUCAAAUCUCAAACUUUUGUCUUUGAAAAUGCAAAGUAACAUGAUAUCUUGUAGUGUUUCCCACACAGAUAGGGCUUCUCUUGUUGUUUCUCCUGCUGAAAACAUAUGAUUUGGGAAAAGUAAAAGGAAAAGAACAUUUUCAGGGGUUAUUGUAAGGAGAAAUGCAAUUUCAUACGCUAAAUUUUUCAACCUAAAAAAAUCAAUAAUAUUUGAAAAAUUAAAAAAAUCUUCAACCAAAAAGAGCCCGAUUUUUUUCCUUCCUUUUCAUUUUUUUGAAAAAAACGGUUUUUAUUCACUUUUUUUCCUCAACAGAAUGAAGAAUUAGCUUCAAUUUUUCUAGAUUAUCGCCCUCAUUUAUCAAAAAAAUUAGUCUUUAUUAUCAGUAGAGCGCAUUAGUUUGCCUCAAAGCGGCUAUUUUUCACCAUCUUUUUUUGAGAAUUUUCCUGGACAUUUUAUAUCUGGGAUCAUUUUUCAAGAUGAUUUCCAGUCAAACUAUUCUUCCAAUCUCAUUUUUUCCCCCCAAAAUUCAUUAAAAACCACCAAAUCGAAAAAAAGGACUGUAUUACAAAAAAAAUUCAGUUAUAUUUUACAUGUGUUUUUACCUUUUUAAACCAAAAACGCUUCUAAAAAAACAAGAUAAGCACCAAUUUCGUGCAAACAAAUAAAGAAAACCGACAAAAUUUGUUAUUCGCGAGAGCUUGGGAAUGGCUCGAAGGGAAUGUACCCGAAAUUUCAGAUGCAUAUACUUUCGGCAUCGCCUUUUCGUUCCCUCAAUUCACUUUUCCCGUUUCAGUUCCGCUUCUUUUUGCAUUUUCCCUCUUUUUUUCGUUUCUCUGUGCAAAAGAGAUAUUGUAAAAUUUAGCAAAAAGUUUUUUGAUUAGACAAAUAUUAGAAAUUGCAAUUUUCCUAUAAAUAACGUCAAUUCAUUGAGUUUUUCGCAACGGAAUGCUUUUCCUACUUGAGUUCAUAACAAUAUUCGAUUAACAUGUUCCUUAUAGUGACCCUUAACUAAGAUCCCUUUAAGGGCCACUUUUGAAAGCUGUAGUGCCUUCUAUAAGGAUAGGUAAACUGAUGUCAAGAGGCAGCCUGUCAAGGGCCCCUAUAGGGACCACUCUGACAUUCUUAAGAUCUGUCUUUUUUGCAGCUUCAGAGUCGGAAGGAUUUUCAAAGUUCGUUUUUGAACAAAUGUGCUUAAUUGGGAGUCAAGUCAUUCUUUUGGAAAAAAAGACUAUAGUUUUCAAUUUCCUUCACUUCCUACUAAAUUUCUAUGCAUUUUUAAUUCAAAUUAGAGAGGAUGUUACUUUCAGAGAAAUAUAGCGAUUCUUCCGUUUUUUUUUUCUCCUUAAUUGACUCUUUUCACGACACAAAUCUAUCAAUUUGAUUAAUUGUGAUUAAUUAAUUAAUCUUUCUGGCUCAUCAAAAUUUCAUGGAAUUAACGUUAGUGCUGCUGUUUUUUUCAAAUAAGUUGUUUCAAUCCGCCUCGAAGUUUCUUUCAAACUUACCAGGAAGCUUUCAAAAUUUUUAUUGGGGAAGUUUGAAAAUAUAGCAAUUUUCGUUUAAUUUGAUUUUUUUGUACAAGUGAUUUAUCGGGGCGAAAUAAAGUAAUUUGGAAUAAUUAUUUAAAAUUUGAAAAUAGCACGUUCCGAAGUUUGGAAAUUCAUAAAAAAAUUCAUAUCAAUUUUUCAAAAUGUUUCUCAAAAAAAACUCUGAUAAGAAUGAGGAAAAAUUAUUUUUUUGGGAAGAAAAAAAAUUAAUUCGGUUUUCAGUUUAUCUUCGAGUUCCUAAUAGAUUAGGCUCAAAAAGAAUACUUUAUGUCUACUUUUUUCGGCUCUAAAAAAAUUGAAUUUUAAUAAUUAUUAAUAAGUUUCAUUUCUUCAACUUUCAAAAAAAUUCUUAUGAACAUUUCUAUCGAUUUAAACUUCCAAAAAAAUGAUUCGAAAAAAAUCGUCAGAUCUUUUUUUCUUCCUCCGUAAUCUAUUAAACACUGUUCGGCUUACCAUGAAGCUUUUUUUCACCCCCCACCCUCUGAAAGUUAAAUCCUUUUCAGCUAUCCAGAAAGAAGCUUUUCUUUUUCCCCUUUUUUUUAUUUGCCGCUUCCGGGGGCAACAAAUGGGGGCGUCGAAUUAGACAGAAAUCCAAUUCUUCCAGCGGCGUUCUUUUCCUUUUUUUUCAAUGCCCUUUGUGCAGAUUUUUCUCUUCUUCUUUUUCCAUUUAUUUAUAAUCCUGUUUCUAUACACGUCAUUUCUUGGUGUUUACUGUAGCUUGUAAAAAAAUGGAUUUGUUCUUCCAAAAAGCUUCAAUAAAAAAAUCAUCAUUUUUCUCAGCUCUAUUUAGAAAACGAAAAAAACUUAUAAGUCUUGAAAAAAAUUCCGAAAAAAUACUUUAUUUUUAAAAAAAUUUCUCGGUGGAUGAAAUUGAGGUUCUGAAAACUUUCUUACCAGGGAAUGGUCUCCGGUCGCAGUGGGACCCCCGAAUGAGACCAAGUUUUCUAGAUGUAGUUUUUCACGCUGAGCUCAAAUCUGGUCUCAAAAACUGCCGAGGAGAUCUGUGAAAAAAGUUAUGGACCCUCAAAAGUCGAAAAUUUCAGUGUUUCCGAUUGAGCUCAUUUUUUUGAAGGGUCUAUAGAUCUUGCCCCUCUGGUCACGAAAAACUAUCAAUUUUUUUUCAAAAAAAUUUCGGACCCAAGAUAUGACCUUUCAAAGCCUCCCCCCACUCAAAAGAAUGCGCGCGCGGUGUCCUAUUGCGAUCCGGCGGCCGUCGAAGCAACGGCAGCGAGGAGCAGUGGAAAGGCGGCGGACUGGGGAGCACGAGGUCAUAGGUUCGGCGCCCACUCUGUGCAAACUUUUUUUGCAGUUUUUUCUCUUUUCUAUGAUUUUGUGUAAGUGCUCCUUUUGUGAGUUUUGAGGCGUAUAAACAUGAAAAUUCUUCGUUCUUAGCCUAUUCGAACAUCUAGAAUUAUUUUCUUCGAAAAUUUUUUCAUCGAAUUUUUCGAGAUUUUUCAUGUGUAUGAGCAUGGGCUGGAGGGAGAAAAAUUUUUCAGAAAAAAAUUUUUUUGUUUUUCAUUUUUUUCAGUUUCUAAAAAGAUUUAUAAGUUUAAAUAGUCAUAAUUACGCCGACAUAUCCCACAGAAAAAAAUUUUUUUCCUCGCUUUUUUUAGAGCUCACCGUUCAACUACGGCUUCAUGAGAAAAAAAAAUAAAUCCGCAUUUUUUCAACUUUUUGCUGAAAAUUUCAAAGGAAUCUCUUCUGAUUGAUAUAUAACACAAUUGGGACCGAAAUCCCCAAAAUAAUUCGUUCUAAUGGAAUUUGUGAAAGUUCACAGUCCAGACAGACUUUUUCGAGAGAAACUUUCGAAGAAAGAAGAGAAACUUUUAUUCAACAUUUUUUCUACUUCGGAAAAAUCGCGCAAAAAAAAUUUUUUCAGGCAUAAGGUGAUGAUCAUAGGUUAAAUCACUGCAACUCUCAAAGAAGUUUUUGGAAGAGAAAAACUUCUGUGGUGUUUUAUCGGUGUAUCAAUGUCUAAUUGGACUAAAAACACUUUUAAAAAAAGUUUAAAAAAAAAAAGAACCAAAAAAAUUUUUUUGAAAAUUUUCCUCACUUGAGCCUAUGCUCAUGUACAUGGAGAAUAACGAAAAAUUCUAUGAAAAACUUUUUGAGAAAAAAAAGUCCAGGUGUUUGAAUAGGUUCAAAACGGAGAACUUUCACAAUGUUACGCUUCAAAACUCGAAAAAGAGCACUUACGCAAAAAUUUUCCGAAACUUCCAUCAGUCGUAGUUGAACGGUGAGCUCUAAAAAAAGUGAGGAAAAAAAUUUUUUCUGUGGGAUAUGUCGGCGUAUCUAUGACUAUUUAAACUUAUAAAUCUUUUAGAAACUGAAAAAAAUGAAAAACAAAAAAAUUUUUUUCUGAAAAUUUUUCUCCCUCCAGCCCAUGCUCAUACACAUGAAAAAAAUCUCGAAAAAAAUUCGAUGAAAAAAAUUUUUCGACGAAAAAUAAUUCUAGAUGUUCGAAUAGGCUAAAAAAACGAAGAAUUUUUCAUGUUUAUACGCCUCAAAAACUCACAAAAGGAGCACUUACACAAAAUCAUAGAAAAGAGAAAAAAACUGCAAAAAAAAGUUUGCACAGAGUGGGCGCCGAACCUAUGACCUCGUGCUCCCCAGUCCGCCGCCUUUCCACUGCUCCUCGCUGCCGUUGCUUCGACGGCCGCCGGAUCGCAAUAGGAGACCGCGCGCGCAUUCUUUUGAGUGGGGGGAGGCUUUGAAAGGUCAUAUCUUGGGUCCGAAAUUUUUUUGAAAAAAAAUUGAUAGUUUUUCGUGACCAGAGGGGCAAGAUCUAUAGACCCUUCAAAAAUGAGCUCAAUCGGAAACACUGAAAUUUUCGACUUUUGAGGGUCCAUAACUUUUUUCACAGAUCUCCUCGGCAGUUUUUGAGACCAGAUUUGAGCUCACCGUGAAAAACUACAUCUAGAAAACUUGGUCUCAUUCGGGGGUCCCACUGCGACCGGAGACCAUUCCCUGGUUAGUUGAUUUUUCGACUUCACUUCUAUUAUCAUGAACCAGAGGCCAUCAUGAUUUUAACAUAAACCUUCCGUCAAUCUUUGCUCCUCCGAGUGACCGGAUCCCGGUGAGAUGAGAUGAGUGACAACGCUGUGGACAUUUGUUCUACGCCACUACGACCUCAGAAAUCACAUUUCUUUGAAGAACUUUUAGUGACUGGAAAAGCUCGACAGGGACCCCCGGGGAGAGAAAACUAAAAAACAUUUUCAGAGAAAAUUGAAAAUUAGUGUUUAGUUGGAAAUAUUGAAAUAAAAAUGCUAUCUGGGAAACAUUUUCAGGGGCCACUGUAGGGUUUUGACGUUUUACUGGCCACUAUAGUAGUCAAAUUAGUGGCCACUUAAGGGGUUAAAAAUUAGUGGCCAUUAUAGAAGUCUAAGUGCUACUACUAGACCACUAAAAUUUUUAGUGGCCACUUUAGGGGUCAAUGGAUCAACAUAACUGGUCCAAUCUGUUUGUUUUGAAAUUAUCAGAGUUAAUGGAAGGAGUACUGGAUGAAAAACUACUGAAGUGGGCACUAAAACGGAAAAUAGUGUCCACUAUAGAGGUGGGUUUAGUGGUCACUUUAGUGUCCUCUCCAAGUAGUCUUUGGCGACCCUCUUUAGUGGCCACUUAAAAUUUUCCCAGUAGUUCAAUUUUGUUUUCUUUUAGACCAGUUUAGAAAACUUAUGUAAUUUGAAACAAUCAUAUCAGUUUUUUUUUAAUUCUCGUAGUUUUCUAUACGUUUUUCCUCCCUCUAGAAGCCAUUCAAAUCCAAAAAAUCAUCCCUUGAAGCCAACUUUUCGGCGUUUUAUUACAUUGAGUCGGCUCCAACACACGUGCACGCAAAAAAACCACAAAUAUUGCACUUGAAAACAUUGGAAUGCAGCUGUCUUUCCAAAGUUUCCCAAGAAAAAUUCGAAGAAAAUGACGAUUUCUGCGCCGCCAAAGUCGUUAAGCUUCCCUUUUCAUUCGGUUUUGUUGGUGUGAAGAAGAAGAAAAACAACGCUUUUUUCAUUUCCAUUCCGUUUUUUUACACUCCUCCUCCUCCUCCUCUAUAUGAAACUCGACCGUGCGAAAGAUGAGCUCGUGAAAUAUUCAAUCCGAUCCUCCGCGAGCUCUGUUUUGUUAUAUAUAUUUUUUCGAAUUUUGUGAAAGCUGCCCACUUUUUGAGCUGCAUUUUCAAAGUUUUGUUCUGUUUGAUUAAAACUUGAAACUCCAUUUUUUUGAUCUCUGAAAAGACCGCAUUCGGAAUGGCUUUAUCGGUUUGAAAAAUUUUUUGUUUUUCAGUUUUUUUUUAAAAGGACGUCUUUUUCUUAUUUUUAAGUCUCCUGGUACCUAUUUUCAAGCUGAAUUUCCAAAAUUCGUUCUUUUUCAUUAAAAAAAAAAUUUUCGGGUUUUCGAACUCUAUUUUUCGAUUCCUGAAAAGACCGCAUUUGGAAUGGCUCCAUCAGUUAGGAAAAGCUCGACUUUUCCGUUACUUUUUGAAAAAUUGACUUCUCUUUUUAUUUUUAUCAAAUCUAUUUUUGAGCUGAAUUUUUGGAUAAUAAUCCCAUUCGCAGCUUUUUAACUCGAUUUUUGGUUCUAUUUGAGUAAAAAUAAAAAAUAACUGCUUUUUUGAUUGUUUUUUGACUUUUUUUUUGUUGUCAAAAGACCGCAUUUAGAAGGGCUUUUUUUCUGUACCUUGAAUGAGUGGCUCUGGAACUGUACAUAGUAAAAAAAGAGCGGUUUUAUUUCAACGUUUUUUUAAAACAAGAAAAAAAAUUUAUAGCAAACUUAUUUUUUUCUCAAACUUUGAGCAUUAUAGAUCUACUUCUUAAAAAAAUUAGCAGUGUGUGUGAACUAUUUGCAUUUUAAAAAUAAAUUAUCAUAAUCAAAAAAACCCUCCUAAACCAUAUUAAAAAGGGCGAAAAACCGAACUUUAUAAAAGUUCGUUUUUCGCGACUUGAAAAGGCGAGACUUCUCUGCGCAUUCCUUAUCUCUCGACGUCUUUCUCAUGUUCACGUGCUAUUUCCAUGUUCCUCUGACCUCGCCGGUGAGGAAACAGAGAGACGCAGACUUGCCAAAACUGUCAAGUCGCGGCGGACGGACUAUAACAAAACCCACGAAAAUUUAAGUUAUAGAGAGCUUUAUUUUUGUGAAAUUCAAACAUUGCAGCAAGAAAAAUAUCCUCCUUCGAAAACUACCCUAGAACUUUUUGGUACAUAAGUCAGGUUCCAUGAAAAUCGGUCACAAAAUCUUAGUGUCUGAAGGUCUUUUUCGUUUUGCUCUUAGUUUUAUUUCUAGUUGGAAAACUAGAUUUUGUACCUUCGCCUUUUCAGAAAUCAUGUUUCAAAAUAUAUUCAUAUAAUCAUGAACUUCUCCAGUUCGACCGCGCCCUACAUCGAACCUACUCCCAACCGCCCCAAUUUUUCCGCAACCCGUUGGCCGAUCGACUUUUCAACCGUUUUUAUUGGAUCAUCCGAGCCGUUCAGUACAGGAUUUUUCUACAAGAAUGAAGGUAGAAAGAACAAAUUUUUGGAAGAAAAAUUUAUUUUUUUCCCUUUAGAAAUGGACAUUGACGAUGGAUCGGACCGAUGGGAGGUAGGAGUUCAGCCGCCGCCUUUGAAGCAACUCGCCAGUAGAACUCAUUUUAGUCCCAGAUGGAUCAAAUAUAUGUAUGCCAAGUUUAAAAAUGUGAGUUUCCUUUUAAAAAUGAACGAUUUUUGUUAUGAGAAAGCGAAAGUGAGAGACCAAUGCAACCUGAAGAGACGUCAGAGAAAUCAGAGUUUCUCUCUUUCUCUGGCGUCUCUUCAGGCUAUUAUGAUCUCUCUUUCUUCGUUUUGGAAAGUUUAUGUUCAUUGAAGACAAAUCAGUGAACAAUUCAAGGUGUAGAGCUGAAAAAUCAGCGGUAGGAGGGAUCACCAAAAUUGAGAGACGUCAGAGAGGUCAAAGUUUCUCUCUUUCUCUGGCGUCUCUUCGAGCAGCUUUAAUCUCUCGCUUCUCGAUUUAGAGACUUUACAUUCAUUGAAGUCGAACCAGGGAGGAAAUUAGAACGUAGAAAAAAUAGCGGUAGCAGAGAUCACCAUAAUUAAGAGGAGCCAGAGAAGUCAAAGUUUCUUUCUUUAUCUGGCGCAUCCUAAAAGGCACUGAUCUCUCGCUUCUUGUUGGAUCAACUUGCGAGGUUUCUUCAUCCAUAGGAAUGCCCAACGGGAAGGAUGCGAGAAGCCGAAUUCCGGAAGCUUCUCGCCUCGAUAAUCGCCGCAGAAAAAGCGACCGAUCAGUAUAUUUCCCGACUUUUCCUUGCCUUUUCCGGUGAUGAUCGGCAAUCGAUAACUUUUGAGGUUAGGAACUCAAUAAAUACUUUUGUAAAUUUUUAAAUGUUUAGAACUUGGUCGAAUGUUUGGCGCAUCUGAAUCCGCAGACGGCCGAGGCCAACGCAAGGUGGACGAUGAGGAUAAUUACCGGAGGAAAUGAGGAAUCUUUUGGUUUUCCGGUUGGUUUUUUUUGGAUCACUGCUUGUCACACUGCUACUAAAAAAAGGAAGAUUUCAAUUCUUUGGAAUCCAACUAGAAAUUAACCAAUUCCAGGCUUUCCUCGCGUUCACCGAGUCAGUUUUUGCCCUGAACGAAGGAAAAACAACAGACUCCGAGAUGAACCUCGAAUCGGUCCAACAAAGAGCCGCCACCGUUUUUUCAGUAAUUUUUAAAAUUUAUUUUCGAAAAAAUUUAUGAAAAUUUGACCAGGAACUCGACUCGGACCACGAUGGUUUGGUCACCUCCGAUGAUAUGAUCCGAUUUUUCAAGGUAUUUCAGAAAAUAUCAUCCAGAAUAAAAUGCAUUUUGCAGACCUGCCAUCAAGAGAAUUUGGUCUUUGGCGACACCUCUUCCGAAAAAUCAAUACCAAAUUUAUGA